AUGGGCGCCAACGAUAAAUACUCUGUGAUCCUUCCGACCUAUAACGAACGGAAGAACCUUCCUAUCAUUUGCUGGCUUAUUGAAAAGACAUUUCGGGAGAGCAACCUUGACUGGGAAGUCAUCAUAGUCGACGACGGAUCUCCCGAUGGCACACAGGACGUCGCAAAACAACUCCAGAAGGUCUGGGGCGCCGAUCACAUCGUGCUCAAGCCACGAGCUGGCAAACUCGGUCUCGGAACGGCGUACGUUCAUGGCCUGCAGUUCGUGACGGGCAAUUUCGUUAUUAUCAUGGACGCCGACUUCAGUCACCACCCCAAGUACAUCCCGAAGAUGAUCGAGAUUCAAAAAGAAAGCAAUGCAGACAUUGUUACAGGAACGAGAUACGCCAAACGCGGUGAUUUAAAGGGAGGCGUUUAUGGAUGGGAUCUGAUUCGGAAGUUCACAUCUCGAGGCGCCAACCUCAUUGCCGAUGUCAUGCUGAUGCCCGGCGUGAGUGAUUUGACGGGUAGUUUCCGCUUGUAUAAGAAGAGCGUCUUGGAGAAGGUUAUUACAAGCACGGAGAGUAAAGGAUACUCAUUCCAGAUGGAGAUGAUGGUCCGUGCUAAAGCUUUGGGUUACAAAGUUGAAGAAUGUCCCAUCACGUUUGUCGACCGUCUGUACGGAGACAGCAAACUUGGUGGCGAUGAGAUUGUUGGAUAUCUAAAAGGCGUCUUCAUGCUAUGGUUGAAGGUUUAG